AUGGGUUCUUCUUCAUCCAAAGUCGCCAAAGGCGCAGCGCGAAAGUAUCCAGCUCGAGCUCCGGGAGCUGCAGUUCCCCAAGCAGUUGCACGCCAACCAAGGGCAGAGGCACCCAAAACCCAGCCCAAGACUCUAGGGAACACUAUUCGAACUGAUGCUCAAGACCCCGAUUUCCCUACUGGCGAUUUCUCGCGACGCCUGCACCAGAUGGGCAUUGCCGACUCGAACCCUACUUACUCGCCUUCGUCUACUGCUGCGACACCGCUCGGAUCAUCGGCAGUCCCAGGUCCUCACUUUGCACCGACUCGAACCAACCCGACCCUGGUUGCGCUCGGAGCUCGAGACAGACUACAGGAUGAGGCCGAGGAGGAUUUCGCAAAUAUGGGACGUGGUGGCCGACGGUUUCUCGACAUGAGGACGUUGGUCGAUGCCAUGAAGUUUCGCGAUCGAGGAAUACCCGAGAAGGACAUUGAAGCGAGAUUAAGGAUACAACCUGGACUAUUGAGCAAGCUUGGUCAAGAGAAGACCUUCUCCCAUGUGUCCAGUCCCAAUUGA